AUGACGGCAACUGCGCUGCAGCCGCAGCACGAGCCAACAUGUAUUGAGAUAUCGCCUACGCUGAAGUCGGUGACGGUUUUCAGGGACCAGGCGCAACUGACUUACGUCGCCAACGCUGCGCUUGCGGUCGGGACGCACGUCCUCUCCUUGAAGGGAGAAAGGGGUUGGGAGAGCGUCUUGGAGAACACCCUCCAGAUUCGCCUGGAGGACGCGGCGAACCAGCCGGUGGUGAUGCGAGGGGUUUGUUUCAAGAGGCACAUCAACAAGGAGGAUGUGCGGGAGCGAGUGCGAGAGCUCGAAAAGGCACGAGAUGCGGUUCAGGAACGCCUUGACGUUAUUGCAGACAAAAAGGCCGUUAACGACGCGAUUGAAAACGCACUGAAGCAGGUGGAGGAGAAACUCAACGCCAUGGGGGAGCGCGGCCAGGGGCCAGACGCGCGUGUAAGUGUGGACCACAUGGCUCAGUUUCUUUCAAAGCCGGCCUCGUGGACGAGAUUGACCCGUUUUAUCGCUCGCCGUAAGUUGCAGUUGGGCGAGUCUCGUCUGACGCUCUCAGGGGAGGCGAGCGAGCUUGAGAAGAAGCAACAGGAAAUAGAGAAAAAGCUGCUCGAUCUAAAAGGUGGCGGGCACAAUGAACGGCGGGAAGUGUCAGUGGAGGCCAUUAUUUCUGUCCAUGAACGGGAUGUGAAUUUAAAACUUUUUGUUAGUUUUGUCGCCAUGGGCGCUUCGUGGACCCCGUUGUACGACAUACGCGUGGAUCAGGGACAGUCAGCAAUGGACGUUACAUACCACGCCCAGGUGUCUCAGAGCACCUCAAUGGAUUGGAACAAAGUGCAAAUGAAGCUUAGCACAGCCACCCCACACUUUAGUUCAGCUCCGCCCGAGCCUGGGGCGUGGAAUAUCAGUUUGCGGCCGCCAGCGCCCCCAAGGGCCUUUAAACGAGCUCUUAGAGCUAAAACAUGUCUUCGAAGUGUGGGGGCGAUGAGUAAUGAGGUGGAUUCGCCAACGCCGCAAGCUGCCCAGGUGGAGCAGGCGGUUGUUUCCUGCUCAUCUACAUCGAGUACGUUUCAAAUUGUCGGCCUGGCCACUGUGCGAAGCGACAACAAACCGGUAAAGGUUACCAUUGCCACACACACAUUUCCGGUGAAACUUGUGUACCAUGCAGUGCCGAAAAGAGCACCGUGGACGUACCUUGUUGUUAACGCGAGGAAUACAAGCCCUUACUUAUUCCUUCCCGGAAAGGCAAACGUUUUUGCCAACAACACUUUUGUAAGCAACUCACGGUUGGAGCUUGUUCCUGUCGGUGCGGAAUUUACGACGUCGCUUGGUACAGAUGAUUCUGUCAGCGUGACACGAAAACGAGUGAAGCGAAUGCGGUCUACUGUCCGCACUAUGCUGCGUAACCCACAAACACUUAUUGAGUAUGUAUAUGAAUUUACGGUGAAAGGUUCACUGACGGCAGAGGCGCCGCUGGUGGUGAAGGACCAGUGCCCCAUCUCCUCGCACGAUGACAUCAGGGUGAAGCUGAGUGAGCCAAGCAAGAGGAUGCUGGCGGACGGAAAGACGGCGGAGGGCUAUGACUGCAGUAUGGAUACCGAAGGCGUCGUGGAGUGGCAGUUGCAACUCCCAUCCGGCGCGUUUACGCGCGUCUUCCGCUUCGCUUUCCAGGUAGAGUACAGUGAGGAAAUGAAUGUCGAUGACCUUGACGAGGACGACCAAUAA